AGCAGUGGCGGUUCUCGGCCACCGUACUCCUUGACAGCUUGGCGCUGCGCACUCCCUGAAGUUUGUCCCUCGCAGCUCUCCGUUUAAGCCCGUACGUGGCAGUCAGAGAGAAGCACACAGCUGCAGCUGAGGCUGAUGCGGCUCAUCUCCGCAACUCUUCCCUCACACAAACUGACAUCCCGGUUUCAUUCAGGAUACUCUGAAGCAGGGACACUCUCUGUAUCGUCAGGUCUGUUGUGACCCCCGCUGGGAAUCAUCUCAAACAUGUUUACUGUCUCGGAGCUGGUGGUCUUGCUGGCCGUCCUGUCUGCCACUGCGUCCGGCUACUUUGUUAGCAUAGACGCCCAUGCCGAAGAGUGCUUCUACGAGCGGGUCAACUCCGGCACAAAGAUGGGCCUUAUGUUUGAGGUAGCCGAAGGAGGCUUCCUGGACAUCGAUGUCGAGGUAAGAUCUGUUAUUUUGAUCAGAAUAAAGGAAGCUAACAUGAGAGAAUUUCUUAUUUUUUAUAAUUAAGCUGUGAUUUGUGACCCAUUAGGCCCGUGCUAGCUUAAGCUAACCUGCACCGUCUGCGUAACGUCAACUUAAACUCUGCUGACAGACUUGUUCGCUUGUCUUAAACUGACCGCAGCGAUAGAGUCAAAUAUCUGGACUUGGUCAGAAUUGAUUCUCCUAGAUGAGGUCUCCAUUGAAGUAUGUGUGAAUAUGCUUAAAUUAUUCAUAACGAUAUAGGAAGUGCGGCAUCAGUGUUUUGACCGGUGUUCUGUCGAACACUGCUACCUGUCAAGAUGCGCGAUUCAGCGGCUCUUCGCGUAUCAGCGCAUGCGCAGAACCCCAACCCUGGGCGCUUGUCAUCAUAGGGAGCGUUAUCCGUUAGGGGGGAUCUGUUCAUUUAAAAAUGCUUCCCCUCGAAUAAUUCAGAAAAAAUUCUUAGGAGAGUGCCAAAAUAGCCUCCCCUAAUUCUUUAAGUUAUCCCACUCCUGCUUGUUAGUAAAUUAAAUACUAAAUUGAAAGCUGUCGGUAGCACUUCCUGACAGAGCAGCACAACUCGACAGAACACCGGCCGAGUUAAGCUAGCUCACCAUGUAGCAGAAACUGUGAUCUCCUCAUACGGUCUAAAAUAGUAUUUUGUCAACCUUGUGCUGAAUUUAACCUGCAGAUAUGUCAUUGUAAUUUGCCAGAAGUGCACAGGAAAGAUAACUUUGCACACAUAUGAAGCUACCAUAUGUUACAGCGGACCAUUCAUUUUAGUAAUGUCGUGUCCUCAUGCAGCCAGGUCCUUUUUCCUUAUUUAUUCAAAAUACAAAUACGGGAUUGGCGCAUUUGAUCAUAUAAUAUAGGCACAGGUUCACAUUUAAGAUAGUGAGAAAAAUAAAACUAAAGGUCAAGCAUUUAAAACAACUUUGAUUGUGAUAUUAUAUAUACAUGAAGAGCCAGGUCUGGUGAAUUUGCCUGCAGAUGAAAAUGCGUUAAUAAAGCACACAGAAAUUUGGUGUCACACCAUGUAGAAAGAUCCCAAAACGUCAAAUUUUUCCAUAUUGUCCUUGAUAAAUCCACGUUAUUUCCUAUAGGGGCAAAUUUUCAGCUGAAAACCCUUUUGGGUAAAGCCAGUCCUGCUCAUCCUGCCAGACCACAUACCCAAGGGUUGCAUAGAAGAUGACAUAGUUAUUGAUUUUGCAAUAUGAGCGUUUGCACUGAAUGUAUUGCAAAACUCUAUUUUUAAGAUCAUGCUUUUUAUACCAUUUCAGUGUGAUUGCAUCAAGCUCCAGCUAGCUGUCAGCAAACCUCAGAUUAAUUGGUAAUAAUUUAGUGAUGGAAAACCUCGCUUUUGAAAGUAUUUUAGGUUCAGAGCAGGAGAUGGGUAAUAGAAACUGUGGGUUAAUAAUGCUUAUAUGCAGUCUUACUGUGACAUGAUUGAACAAUGGCAUUGCACAAAUUUUCCUUCAUGUCCUGCAGGCCUGGUGUUAGAUUUUCAGGUGAAUAUGUGAAUCAAGUGUGGAAAAAUGAGAAGAAAAACAGACUUAAAAUCUGAAAUAACUCUUUAAUCAGAAACGCCAAAAUUUAUAUGAUUCAACUUUUUGUUUGUCAUGUUGCAAUAAUUUUUGCAGAAAGAAAACACAAAGCAGUGUCUGUUUUUAAUCUUUAGCAGCCCCUGUGUCGACGGUAUUGAUCACUUUUUAUUAUCUCCACUAAACACACAGCUGUUUAUUUUAAGUCUAACACAUCACUGGACUGAUAAACUCUAAAACUUCAAAAUUAACAUCUGCUUUGUGUGUCACGGUGAAUUUAAGAAAGUUAAUAUCUCUGUGUAUAUAUGGAUCAUACUUUUGAAAGCUUUGUUAAAUAGUUCCUGUAAGAUCUUAAAGGUGUGAGGUGGUUGCAGCGGUGUUGUUGACUCAGGUGUUUACCCUCCUGUGUCCUCCCAGAUAACAGGGCCUGAUGGUAAGCAGAUUUACAAAGGUGACAGAGAGUCCAGUGGGAAAUACUCUGUGGCGGCGCACAUGGACGGCACCUACAAGUUCUGCUUCAGCAACAAGAUGUCCACCAUGACACCCAAGAUCGUCAUGUUCACCAUCGACAUUGGAGAGGCUCCCAAAGGCCAAGACAUGGAGACGGAAGGUACGCAGAAGGAACACGUUUGAGGGGGAAUUCAUAUUUAAGAAAUUAUUACUCUUGAUCUCAGACUCUUAAGCCUUCUCUUCUGUUUAAUGAUUCAAAGUUUCUUUCUGCUGUUAUGGAUGCUGUUUGACUUGACUUUGGGGACUUCUUCUCCUCUUUGUAGGUGGUGACAGCUGGGAUGGUAGGGCUCAGGGCGAAAGUGCUGUUUGAAAAAGACUUUUGAGUUUGUAAUGCACUGCAGAGUUUCCUCUAACCAGUGUUGUUUCAUAGCAUUAACUAAUAUUGUUGCAUUUCGACAGUACACAGGAGGUUGUGAUGUUUGUGACUGGUUUGGUUCUUUGCACACUGUAGGAUCCAUGAAUGUCUCUGGUGAUGGGAGGGGAGGCAUCACCAGAGACAUGUGUCACAGAAACGUUGUGCAUGAACAGCAGCAUACCUCAUGCAUGUUUUUUAGUGCGAGACAACUACAACGUCCACGCCGGUAAAUGAUGAUUAUGUCCGCUCGUUUCAGCUCACCAAAACAAGCUGGAGGAGAUGAUCAAUGAGCUGGCAGUUGCCAUGACAGCUGUAAAGCAUGAGCAGGAGUACAUGGAGGUCCGGGAGAGGAUACACAGAGCGAGUGAGUCACAAACUAAAAAGAGCUGAAUUUGUCCUUUUCCUCUUUGGUCUCUUUUUCACAUUUUCACUCCUGAAAACUGACUGAAGUUUUAAAAAAAAAAAAUUAUUUUUAUAAGGUCUGUUAAAUUUAAUCAAAUACCACAAAAACAACAAUUACAGCAUAAUAUUGGCCUGAUUAUCGGCCAUCAACACCCAUCAACUCGGGUGUUAUUUGAGCUGUGUUCGAGUUACCUCGGAAGUCAGAUGUCCCAGCUGGGAAUGGCGUCACACCCGAGUAACCAAGUCAGAAAAAGCGAAAUCAGAGGCAGAAACAAAAGUCCAGAAGUUGCUUAUAUUCGGACAAGGCAAGCGCGAAAGACAGCCCAGGUAAAUAGGGUAACAUUUUAAAUCGACAGAUAUCACCAUGAAACUUCCCAAGUUUAUAACUUACAUUAAAACAAAUCUUUCUUGUAUUACAAGUUUUGUCAGAAGUUCUGUUUGAAUAUGUAAAUGAGGUAAUAUCUAAUUAAAUAUGCACUUAAUUACAUACAUUUCCAAACCCAAAAACUGAACAAUGGAUAAAGCCCCUUUGAAAUUCUUGUUUUAUUUUGUUGACAUACUAGAGUCAGAAAGGGGGAGGAGGGGACUUUAGAUAUCUCUUUUCAUCACUCUGUAAAUAAGGAAAUAACACCCAACCCUAAAAAAUGUCUAACUAAAGUUUUAUGCGACACUGCGGGUGGGGCACGAGUUGUGCUUGUAAUCACUUAUCUAUCAUACAAAUAUGCUAAUUAGAAUUACAUGGUCAAAAACAUGUAUCAGGCACCAGUAUUCCUGGUGUAGAAUAAAUCGACAGACAUCACCAUGAAACUUCCCAAGUUUAUAACUUACAUUAAAACAAAUCUUUCUUGUAUUACAAGUUUUGUCAGAAGUUCUGUUUGAAUAUGUAAAUGAGGUAAUAUCUAUUUAAUUAGCUAUAACCUCAUUUACAUAUUCAGACAUAACAUUUGAAAAAAACGUGUAAUACAAAAAACAUUUGUCUUAAUGUCAGUUAUAAACUUUGAUGGUGAAGUUUCAUUGAGAUAUCUGUUAGUAAAAAAUCUCCCCCCUUUUACCUGGGGUGUCUCCUCUGGCUUCCUACCUAUCAUGAACACAUCUUGAAAAUGACACCUUUCUAGCGGUCAAACUUUGGUGAACUUUUAGUAUGUUAUUAAGGACAUCUAAUACUAUAAAAAAACAGUUCAGAAACCUUUUGUUUAAAUUUUAUUGGGGUCAAGUCAUAUUUGCACCUGACUAUGAUAUUUGUAAUAAAUCUGAUGUAAUGUAAUCAGCCUGAUCAGUCGACAGCAGUGAAUCAUGUCAGCUGUUCUAUUAUUUGCUGUGUGUGAACUUUAGCCUCCAUGUCUGACUUGAAUCUCACAUCUCCUCUCCUCUCCUCUCUCCUAGUCAACGACAACACGAACAGCAGAGUGGUGCUGUGGUCGUUCUUCGAGGCUCUGGUUCUGGUGGCGAUUUGACACCUGACUAUGAUAUUUGUAAUAAAUCUGAUGUAAUGUAAUUUCGAAGUACGGCGGGUGUCAUGUAGUGCGAUCGAACCCCUCUUGUGUCCUCCGCUCUUUUUUCCAGCACCAAGACAGUUAUUUACACUUUGGAUAUAAGACUGGCAGUGUCGAGUAAAGCCUACUUGUGAUUGGAUCUCAGAUGGUUUCGUUCUCCUCUUACCUAUUUGGUUCCUUAUAAUAAAAAAAAAAUGUAAUUAGUGUUUGUUUGGAGCGAGUGGCCAAAAGAUUCGGGGUGAAGAUGCUGUUUUUUUUCUUUAGUAUGUUGUUUUGUUUUAACACUUUUUUUUUGUUCAAUAUUAUUUGAGAAGUACCUGCCAGUACAGAUUUGCCUGUGAGAGGCGUGGAGGCUCAUAAAUUCAAGUCAAGGCAGUGAGAUAAAGUGAGAACGGAUGUGGAGAAUAAGAUUGAAACAGGACCUUUUUCCUAUCAUAGAGAAAACAUCCGAUUUUGUCUGAGAAGCAGGAUUUUUACUCCUGCGUCUGAGCCAAGUCAGACUGUGAGUUCACAGGUUUGUGAAGUCUGUACAUUGUGUCUUUGCUCUCUAACAACAAAUUGCACUCCUGAUGAAAACAUCUAAAUAUCUGAAGGAUUUUCACCGCAGCUGGUUUUUAAGGGAAACUGUAUAGCUUCUGGCUUUGUCUGUUAAUUCAUAGCGAUCCACGCCACGAGGGGAGCGGGUGCUUCAGCGGACUUAUUUUGCAGGGGAAGCGGUCUGACUCCCUUUGUAGUUCAGAAAAAUGAAACACUGCCGCUUUCUUGGCUUUGGCUUAAUUUUCACACCCAGUUGAUUUCCAAACUUCUUUAGCACCAAGACCGUGAAAAGCUAAGUUGACGUUGGAUUAAAACCCAACUGCUCUGGAGUGCAGCUCCUGAGGGGAGUGUAGAGGAGUACUGAAAUACAUGUUACAUGUUGGGUGAGGCUGGGUGGGUGUGUGGGUGGGAGGGGGGUCGACCUAAUGACUGCUGUGUGCUUUAGUUGCUUCGAUUCUAGUUCUUUUGUUGGGGUUAGGGAUUUUAAAUUAUAUGAUUGUAUACAAUUCUGAACUGUUUGUUUUUCUUUUUUCCUGGAGCAUACUCUGUAACCUGCAGCUCUUUGCAUGAUGCCUUUUAAAUAAAUAUCUUUUACCUCGUUCUUUUCCUCCAUACAAGGUAAAAAAAAACAAAAAAAACACUCACGUCCAAGGCUGCAGCUUCACUUCGAGCACACGGCUGCAACAUCACAAGUGUUAGUGCAAGCGCGCGUUACUGAGUAUGCUCCAGUUUUGUAUCCGAAACAAUCCUCGGUGAGCUCAGGCAGGUGAACUGCUCUGUACACACUCUCUCCUUUUUGUGAUUACAACAAAAUCUGAUUCAUGGAUCUGUACAAAUGUAGAUUGGUUGUCUGUGGAAAAAUGCCCCAGGUUUCAUAAUAAAGCCAAUAUUCUGUACAAUAACUGACGUCUUUCGAAGAGGAUGGUGUCUGCGUCUUAUUUAC